CGUAACGUGCUUAAAAAAAAAAACGAAAGGGGAGAAAGAAAAGAGUGACAUGAUUCAAGUUGACAACUUUUAGCUGUAUUUCUCAGAUAACGUUGGAUCUCAUUUCUUAUUUUGUUUGUUUGAUUUUAUUGUAUUUGAGAGUUCAGAAUUCAUGGACGCUUUGAGGAAACAAGCUACCAAGUUCAGAGAGCAAGUUGCCAAACAACAACAGGCUGUAAUAAAGCAGUUCAGUAGUAGUGGUUAUGAGAGUUCAGAUGUUGUGGUCAUUGAUGAGGUCGAAAUGCAGAGACAUCAACAGCUGGAAAAGCUGUACAGGGCCACACGUGCAGGGAAGGACUUCCAGAAAGAAAUUGUCAAAGCAGCAGAAACAUUUACAGCUAUAGGUUAUAAGCAUAUUGAAACAGGAACAAAACUUUCUGAGGAUUGCUGUAAAUAUGGAGCAGAGAACAACAGUGACAACAUAUUGGCUAAGGCUGCUUCAGUAUAUGGUGAUGCCCGCAAGCAUGUAGAAAAGGAGCAUGAAGAAUUAAAUCAGCUUUUAUCUUUCCAGGUAUUGGAUCCUUUGAGACAAAUGAUCAAUGGUGCGCCUUUGGAGGAUGCUCGUCAUCUUGCUCAACGUUAUAGUCGAAUGAGACAAGAAGCAGAGGCACAGAGAGAGGAAAUUUCUAGAAGACAAAUACGGGUACGGGAAUCUCCAACUGCUGAACAUGUUGCCAAACUGCACGCUGCAGAAGCAAAGAUGCAGGAGCUGAAAGCAAACAUGGUGGUUCUAGGUAAAGAAGCUGCAGCUGCAUUGGCUGCUGUUGAAGCACAACAGCAGAGACUUACUUUCCAAAGGCUUGUUGCCAUGGUGGAAGGAGAAAAGACUUUUCAUUUAAGAGUUGCAGCUAUUCUUGGUGAAAUUGAAGCUGAGAUGGUCUCAGAUAGACAGAAGAAAGAAUCUGCCCCUCCAAUAGUUAUUUCUGAGAAUGGCUCGGAGAAAACAAUGUACUUCUUGGCUGAAGCAAUUCAUCCCUUCGGUGCUGAAUCAGAAAAGGAACUGAGCUUUUCAAAGGGUGAUUUUGUUGUUGUCCGAAAGGUGAGCCCCUCAGGAUGGUCAGAAGGAGAAUGCAAUGGUAAAGCAGGAUGGUUUCCUUCUGCAUAUGUGGAGAAACGACAAAGAAUCCCCUCUAGCAAUUUGUCUGGUGAAGUUUACUAGUUUCUACUCAUCCUGUGCUAUUUGGUUUUCCACUGCAUUGUUCAAAGAGGAUAAGCAAAAGGGGUGGAGAGGAUGGUGGAAUUGAUGGAAGUGUUACCUCAAAAUGAAGAGAAAAAAAAAGGUGUCAAGCUGUGGGGUAAUAUACAUGUGGUAGAUCCUCUCUCAAGGGUGACACUAGCUUUGCAAACAGUUUUUUCACUUUUCUUUUUUCUUUUUUACUUUUCGGCCACAGACACGGGUUUACUUUUGUCUUUGUAUUGUAAUUGAUUGAUUGGAAUAGAUGUGUCUUUGUUGAUGAUCAUUUCAUGUUUGUGGUGGUACAUAUUGGAAGAAUGAAGGAUGAUAAGAUUCGAAUUUGUACAAUCCCAAGGUAAACCCUUUAGGUCCAAUGGAAAGAAAUGUCUGAUUAUCUAGUAACUGAGGAUCGUGAUCCGCAAGACAGGAAUAAUGGAUUGGGCCAUGUAUCACCCAAAAGUGAGAACAUCUUCUUUUGGGAACCCUUUGAUCCUAGUGUCAAGCCACCUAUGCCCCUUCAAUUAUUCGAUAGUUUUCUUUUUUUCUUU